UCCAAGGUUUUUUCUUCCAUACGAUUUGUGUUCCAUAAAAAUUUUCAACUUGGAAAAUUUGUCUCGGAUUUUCAAUUAUAAUUAAUUCAAGACCAAAUUUCCAAAGAAGUUUAUUCUACAAUAUUAAAUUAUACUUAGAGAUUGUAAUAUGCAAUAAAAAAAUUUCUAGGCUGUACUUUCGAUACAUUUUCUCGAAUAUUUCGUUUCUUUAUUUUUUUCGCAAAAAUGUUGUGCAUACGAAAAAAGUGAUAAUAUGGAGUGAAAAUAUAAAGUAAUGGCCACAAAGAAAUACCAUUCCCCUGGUGCUGCUGCUUCUGUUGCUGUUGUUGCCAACUCCAAUGUGAGCUUGAACCAUCAACUUUGUUGGCUAGUUCUCUUUUUGAAAGAAUUUUGUUUUAUUAAUGCGUGUGUGAUUCAUCAUAGAUGUGCGAAAAUAAGAAAGAUGCAAUUUUUAUAAUUUCUUUUCUGCUGGUUAUACUGCACCCGCCCAUUACCACCCAAAUCUCCCCAAUCGACUGUGUUGCCUUUGAAAAUAUUUCGUGUGUGAAAUCUGUAGUUUUGCUCAUGUGUGCUUGAUUGUUGUGUACUUGUACCUUGCAAUUGUUUUGCACUCGAUAAAGGAAGUAGCUACACCAAACGCAUCACAGGUCACAAACCGUAAAUAAAUUUGAGUGAACCACAUUGUCAGAGACUAGAACAAGGAUAUAGAGAGCAAAGAAUUAACUCAGACUUGAACUUUCAAAAACAAAAACGGGUAGAAAUAGAAAAUGUCCAGUCGAAAUAGAACAAUACUGAAUGUGAACUUGGACGCUGCCAUGGCAAAUGAUCCGCUGCGGGAGCUGUUCGAAGCUUGUAAAACUGGAGACAUAACAAAAGUCAAGAAGCUGAUCACUUCGCAGACUGUUAAUGCCAGAGAUACUGCUGGGCGGAAGUCUACACCAUUGCACUUUGCUGCGGGAUAUGGCCGUCGAGAAGUCGUUGAGUAUCUGCUUAACAACGGUGCAUCUAUUCAGGCAUGCGAUGAAGGAGGUCUCCAUCCACUCCAUAAUGCAUGUUCAUUCGGGCAUGCAGAGGUUGUGCGGCUUCUUUUAAAAGCCGGCGCUAGUCCAAAUACCACAGACAAUUGGAACUAUACUCCUCUGCAUGAGGCUGCAAGCAAGGGUAAGGUAGAUGUCUGCAUUGCGCUAUUGCAGCAUGGUGCCAACCCAAAUAUUCGGAACUCCGAGCAAAAAACUCCAAUGGAACUGGCAGAUGAAAGCACAAGGCCUGUGUUAACAGGGGAAUAUCGAAAAGAUGAACUCUUGGAAGCUGCCCGGUCUGGGGCUGAAGAUCGUUUAUUGGCUCUCUUGACACCGUUAAAUGUAAACUGUCAUGCAAGCGAUGGUCGCCGUUCUACACCAUUACAUUUAGCAGCCGGUUACAAUCGUAUAGCAAUAGUUGAGAUUCUUUUAGCGAACGGUGCAGACGUCCAUGCAAAAGAUAAAGGGGGUUUAGUUCCACUUCACAAUGCCUGUUCGUAUGGGCACUUUGAGGUGACUAAAUUGCUGAUCAAAGCUGGUGCCAAUGUAAAUGCCAAUGAUUUAUGGGCAUUCACUCCCUUGCAUGAGGCUGCAUCUAAAAGCAGAGUAGAAGUUUGUAGCCUGUUGCUUAGCAAAGGCGCCGAUCCAACCCUUUUAAACUGCCAUAACAAAUCUGCAAUAGACUCAGCUCCAACGCGGGAGCUCAGGGAUCGUAUAACUCAUGAGUACAAAGGCCACUGCGUUCUAGAUGCCUGCAAAAAAGCCGACAUCCCAAGGCUGAAGAAAUUCCUCACAUCGGAAACGGUGAACUUUGUACAUCCCUAUUCAGGAGAUACACCAUUGCACGCAUCUGCAGUUUCUGUUGAUCCAAAAAGAAAACAAGUUGCAGAGAUUCUUAUCCGGAAGGGAGCUCUGCUAAACGAAAAAAACAAAGCAUUCCUUACACCACUCCAUCUGACUGCCGAACAUUUGCAUUACGAUGUUAUGGAUACGUUGCUGAAAACUGGAGCCAAGGUGAACGCUCUGGACGGACUCGGACAGACAGCGUUGCACAAGAGUGCUAGGGAUGAACAGGCAUGCCGCUUGUUGUUGUCCUAUUCCAUUGAUACAAAUAUUAUUUCGCUGGAAGGUUACACAGCUGCACAAUUAGCGUCAGAAAGUGUUUUAAAGAUUCUAAAAGAUCCACCAGACACUGAAACUCAUUUGUUAGAAGCCGCAAAAGCUGGUGACUUAGACACUUGUCGAAGAAUCGUGCUUGCCAACCCGCACACGGUCAAUUGUCGUGAUUUAGAUGGCCGACAUUCAACGCCAUUGCAUUUUGCUGCCGGCUUCAACCGAGUUCCCGUUGUAGAAUUUUUACUUGAACAUGGAGCUGAAGUUCAUGCUGCGGACAAAGGAGGAUUGGUUCCCCUGCACAAUGCUUGCUCUUAUGGGCAUUUUGAAGUGACUGAGUUGCUAGUUAAACACGGAGCCAAUGUGAACGUGGCAGAUCUAUGGAAGUUUACACCUUUGCAUGAGGCUGCAGCUAAAGGAAAAUAUGACAUAGUAAAACUUCUUUUGAAACAUGGAGCAGAUCCAAGUAAAAAGAAUCGUGACGGAGCGACCCCUUCUGACUUGGUCAAGGAAUCAGAUCAUGAUGUUGCCGAGCUUCUAAGAGGUAACUCUGCUCUGUUAGACGCUGCAAAAAAAGGAAAUCUAGCUCGAGUACAAAGACUUGUAACACCGGAGACUAUAAACUGCCGCGACGCACAAGGACGAAACUCGACUCCAUUACAUUUGGCUGCAGGUUAUAAUAACUAUGAAGUGGCCGAGUAUUUGCUUGAAAAUGGAGCCGAUGUGAAUGCCCAAGACAAAGGAGGAUUGAUCCCUCUUCACAACGCAUCUUCGUACGGUCAUCUGGAUAUAGCUGCUUUGUUAAUUAAACAUAAGACUGUAGUGAACGCGACUGAUAAGUGGGGCUUCACGCCACUGCAUGAAGCCGCCCAAAAAGGACGGACGCAACUAUGUGCUUUGCUUUUAGCUCAUGGUGCAGAUUCGUAUAUGAAAAACCAAGAAGGUCAAACUCCCAUUGAACUGGCAACUGCAGACGAUGUCAAGUGCUUGCUUCAAGAUGCUAUGACAACAUCGUUGGCUGCCAACUCUACGCUAAGCACUUCGCAAACAUCAUUAAUAAGCAAUUCACCUUCGCCUGCCCCAAGUUGUGUUCCUCCCGCAUGCACGGUUCUUUCACCGACAACUGAAACUGUAACACUGCCAUCAGGAGCCUCCAUGACUCUAAGUGUACCGGUUCCACUAAUGUCAACAAGAAUGAGUCCAGCUCAGGGGGCAGAAUCGAACGCACAAGCAGAUAUGUGUGAGGAAGUAAGCGAUCCAGAAUCGAUUACCAACGUAGCUAGCUUCCUUGCAAGCCAGCAACUUGAUCACUUAAUCGAGUUGUUUGAAAGAGAACAAAUAACAUUGGAAAUUCUAGCAGAGAUGGGACACGAAGACUUAAAGCAAGUGGGAGUAUCAGCUUACGGAUUUAGACACAAGAUCUUAAAAGGCAUUGCUCAACUUCGAUCGACAACUGGAAUUGGAAACAACUUGAAUCCAGGAACUCUUUUAGUGGACUUACUGCCAGACGACAAGGAAUUUGUUGCGGUUGAGGAGGAAAUGCAGGCAACAAUUCGGGAACAUAGAGAUAAUGGACAAGCAGGAGGUUAUUUCCUUCGAUACAACAUUAUUAGGGUACAAAAAGUUCAAAAUCGUAAACUUUGGGAGAGGUAUGUACAUAGACGGCAAGAAGUUUCCGAAGAAAACUCUUUGCAACCAAACGAACGAAUGCUCUUCCACGGAAGUCCCUUUAUAAACGCCAUUGUACAAAAGGGUUUCGAUGAAAGACACGCUUACAUUGGCGGUAUGUUUGGAGCUGGUAUAUAUUUUGCUGAACAUAGUUCGAAAAGUAAUCAAUAUGUAUAUGGAAUCGGCGGUGGAAUCGGUUGUCCAUCACACAAAGAUAAAUCAUGUUACGUUUGUCCGAGGCAAUUGCUUCUGUGUCGAGUAGCUCUUGGAAAAUCAUUCCUUCAAUACAGUGCAAUGAAGAUGGCUCACGCACCACCAGGUCAUCAUUCGGUAAUUGGUCGUCCAUCUGCUGGAGGUCUACACUUUGCGGAAUAUGUAGUAUAUCGCGGAGAACAAGCCUAUCCAGAAUAUUUAAUUACAUACCAAAUCGUCAAACCUGAAGACAGUAGCAGUGGAAAUGAGGAAUCAUCAAGAUGAUGGAUGCCAUCUGUCGGCUCGACGCCAACUUCAUCACCAUCAAAUCAACAACAGUCACAGC